UUACCCACAGUUUUCUUCAGCUCUGAAGUCGUCGGCUACUACUUAGCACCACCACUGCUCGAAGUCAUCGUCUGCUUCCCCUGCCCAAGAACCAGAGACCCCCUCUCCUUCCAUCACACAAAUUAAAACAGACUUUCAAAGCACGUUCCAUCCAACAGAUCUUUUUCCCUUUGGUUCCUGCCAGUGGCUUCAGCGGGGAAAGCAGAAACUUAGUUAUGGAGACAACUUGUGUAAUUCCAAAACCCCGACUGAAUGAAGAAGAGGACAUUGAUGGGAACAGCAAGAGCUUAGGUAAGUUACCUGAGGAGGUUCUUCGACACAUCCUUUCCUUUCUUCCAAUAGAAGACGCUGCUAGGACAAGCGUACUUUCUAAAAGGUGGGAAUACCUAUGGGCUUCUAUUCCCAAUCUAGAUUUUCUCCUGUUACGAUCCGCAAAGCGUGAUAUAACGCUUUUUAUGAAUUUUGUGGAUAGGGUGCUUAGUCUUCGUAAAUCCUCUGUUAUCAAACGAUUCACUCUCUGUUGUUAUGUGAUACUUGAUGCAUCUCGUGUUAGUACGUGGAUCUCUGCCACAGUAAGACAUAAGGUUCAAGAGUUGCGUAUUGAGCUUCACGAUUGCAAAGGAGUAUUUUCACUGCCUUAUUGCUUGUUUACUUGUGAGACACUCAUAAGCUUACACCUUGAUAUGCCCUGUAUACUCAAGCUCCCGACAACGAUUUGUUUCUCCAAUCUCAAGAUCUUGACUAUUGAAAAUGUUACAUUUUCGGAUGAAUACUUGACCCAGCAGUUUUUCUCUGGUCUGCCAGUCCUUGAGAAUUUGAAAUUAUGCCGUUGCGGCUGGGGGCAUCUCAAGGUUAUGCGUAUAUCCUCUCCCAAGCUUCAUUUUCUGAGCAUAGUUGAAAGUCAUGUCCAAACUUCCAGUUUUAAGGAUGGUUGUCGGGUUAUAAUUGUUGGAGGUAGCCUCAAAGAAUUUCAUUACAAUGGUUGUCUGUUCAACGACUAUUGCUUACAUGAGUCAUUCUCACUGGAAAAGGCAGAGAUUGAUACUUUCAUCCUUGAUAAAUCAAAAAAGAAUGGUUAUCGCAUGUAUAAGCUUCUUUCCAGCCUCUCCAACGUAAAAUUCCUAAAACUUUCCAACGGGGUGCUUGAGGUUUUGAUAUAUGCAACAAAACUCCUACCUCGUAUGCCUAUGUUUAAUAACCUGGUCAGUUUGUUGUUCGAUGGACUGUCAGUAGAUCUUGACAGUGAGGCACUCCUGAAUAUAUUGCAAAGAUCUCCUUGUCUUGAGAAACUGGAAUUUUUGGCGGGUAUCGCACUGUCCUCAAAUUGUGAGGAAGAUGAUUGGGUAUUGGACCCAGUGCCUUCAUGUUUCUUGUCACAUCUAAAGUACAUUAAAGUUGAUACGCAUGAUGGAAAUAAGGAGGAGUUUUCUGCAAUAAAGAUUUUGCUCAAAAAUUCACUUGUCUUGGAAGAAAUGGUUAUGACUUGCACGGAGUAUACAUGGAGCUUUGACGAGUUUGAGCAUUUUUUUUCGAACGUAGAGAAGAACCUAGAGAAGCACAGCAACCUCCGCAAACAGUUGGAAGAGCUCCCUAGAGGGUCACAAAAUUACUCACUUCGGUUCUACAAAAGUUUUCUGAAGAAGUAUUGGGGAUAUAGGGGAACCGUCUGAAUAUGGAGGCAAAUUCUCUUAUUCAUAAACCCAAAAGGCAGAAACUGAAUGAAGAACAAGGCAUUGAUGUGGAUCGUACAAUCCUCAAGGUUGUACGUGUUUCUGUUCCCAAGCUCCAUUUUCUGAGCAUAAAGGAAUUUGUAUGGAAAAUUACAGUUUACUCCCUCAA